AUGGCGGAAGUGUUUUUGGGUAUACCGUACGCGAGAGCACCCGUGGGUGGGCUUAGAUUCAAAAAGCCUAUCGCCUACAAUAUAGAUGACUAUGGUGAUUUUAACGCCACACAAAUACCCUCGCCGUGUGUCAACUAUAUUAAUGGACAGUCAAUGCCGUGGAGCAGUCCAUUGGCCGGCGCCGAGGAUUGUCUCUAUCUUAAUAUAUGGUCACCCAAUAUAUCGGGCGACACAACCAAUAAUAAGUUAUACCCCGUUAUGGUGUGGAUAUACGGCGGAGGCUUUCAGACCGGUUCCGUCGAUCUGGACCUAUACGACGGCCAAACGUUGGCCACAAUCGGCGAUGUAGUGGUCGUUACGUUCAACUAUCGGACGGGUAUUUUUGGCCUGUUUUACGCGGACAGCGACGACGCGCCCGGGAAUCUGGUUUUACACGACCAACGAAUGGCCAUACAAUGGGUGAGCGAUCAUAUCGAUAGGUUUGGCGGCGACCCGGAGCUCAUCACUGUAUUCGGUGAGAGCGCCGGCAGUAUUUCGGCCGGCGUUCACCUCCUGUCGCCGAACUCGUCUCAACUGUUCAAACGGGCGAUCCUUCAGAGCGGAAGUCCUUAUCAUAAUAUCGGCGGCGUUUCACCGCAUUUGGCGCUCAAACAGUCGCGACUUAUCGCCAGAGAUGCCGGUUGUCUGAGCGAUGAGCAGACUAUUGAUUUCAAUUGUAUGCGAAAUAUGAGUUCACUUGAGAUCAUGAAUGUCUACAAAGAUAUCUAUUCAAGAGGAAUUGCAUUGCAGUUGAUAUUUGGCGACGAGAUAUCAGCGCAGCAUCCAAUCCAGUCUGUGAACCAAAAACAGGUGUCGGCAACGGAUCUACUGUUGGGCACCAAUCGGAAUGAGGGCUCAGCCAUACUAUUCAUGGGAGUGCCCGACAUGUUUGACCGCAACUCGCCUCUUAAUAUCACUAAAACACAGGCCAUUGGAUUCAUACGAGCCAUGUCUGAGGGCUGGUGGUUGGGUGUGCUGUCCGACCAACAGCUGCGACAGAUCACCGACUUUUACAUGUCGGUCGUCGGCGAAGAAGAUUACUCAUCGGUGCGCCAAUCGCUGGUCGACAUAAUCGGCGACUCGAUGUUCAUCUGCCCGUCGGUGUAUUUGGCGGACGGCGUGUCGACCGUCGGCGGAGCCCACGUAUACUACUAUCAGUUUACGCACAUUAAACACUUUGACAACUAUUGGGGCCAAUGGAUGGGUUCACCGCAUUUCGACGAAGUGCAGUAUGUGUUUGGUUUGCCCCACCGCUACCCUCACCGCUACAGCGAACCCGAAAUACAGUUAUCAACUAAUUUGAUGAAGAGUUGGUCCAGUUUUGCACGAAACGGGUGA